UCAACACGUGAACUUAUCACUAUUAUAUAUUGGCACUCACCUUGCGUUCAUCCUUAUUGCUGCAACUCGCCGCGCCCUUCAACAUGAAAGUCUCCCUGGUCAUCCUACUCGCGGCUGCUGCGUCUGUGGCACAUGGGCUUGUGUACAGGAGUGACGGCUGCCCAGAACCAUACGAGCGCCUGGAUGACGCGCGCUGUAUCCUGGCGGAUCCCUUCAAGGCGAAGCAAUACACUGAGGCCAUCGACUACUGCAACAGUCACGGCGGGGACCUGCUCACUUACGACAACUGCGACGACUUGCUGCUCAUAUGGGACUUCAUACACAGUGAUGCGACUCUAGCGGCCAAAUCAUACUGGCUUGGGGCGACGGACCAGGCGGAGGAAGGCAAGUGGGUCUUCACACACAACCAAGCGGCCGUUCCGAUGGGCAAUCCUUUCUGGAAGCACGACCAGCCUUCCACCAGCACCUCCUACAACUGUGCCUCCCUUAGUUCUGCUGCUGAUCACCGCUGGAUCGACCUCUCCUGUACCUCCUCCGCCAACACCAUCUGCCUGCGUGAAGGGUAGUACUGACUGCUAACUGCUGACGUGCUAAGCUUCUGAAAGACACUAAAAGAAGCCCCGCAUUCUUCUUUCACUAAUAAUCAUGUUUCCUUACUUUAUUUUCCAAAGACAGAAACAACGAUGAGAGUUACGAAGGAGUAUUAGUAUUGUGGGCCGCUUCAACACUAACACUAAAGCCUUCCACAGUCUUCAUUCACCAGUAGUAAUGUUAUCUUAUAUUUUAAUCCACUCAUUGCUAUUUGACAUAUCUAUCCAUAACCACUAACCACUGAGACAUUUUUAUCUUAUUGUACAGCAACCUACACACAUCAUAGAGGCUAGAAACUGCAAAUCCUGCCCUUGUAAUUCUCUUCUUCCCUGCUGACACUUACAAAAAUCACACACAUUGUUCAUCGUGUCAAGGAUUGUUGUGUACAGCAGGGAAUGGAUCUCUAGGCUCUGGUUAAGGUAUUAUGAAAUGAACAUCACCCGACACGUUUCCACACACCGACUCCUUUGUUGAAUUGUAAGUUGUAGCAUGGAAAAUAAAACUCGUGUGUGUGUAUUGGAUGAUA